AUGAAGGGCAGGAGUAGGAGGAGAUAAAAAGGAGCGGAGAGUCUGACUGGGGGUGAAAAAACAACAGGAAACCAAGCCAUUCUAAUGCUGUUUCUGCAAAUCCUUCGGAGAUAAAAACCGCUCGCUGCCACGUACCAGCCCGGCAACAGCCACACCGGGAGUUCUCUUUUUUUUUUUUUCUCUCCCACCAUCACUUGGAAUCAUGACAAUCUGACGCACAAAUUUGAAGUUUUAAGGUGACAUCACUUCUGCUCUCUCUGCUUCCCGACAGUCACAGAAUGUGAGCGGAUGCAGAGUUUUGUGGGAGCAGAACGCUGGGAUCUCCAUGUCCACUUCUCUUAUUGACCCCCCCCUCAAAUCUUCACCUCAUUUUUUCUUUCUUUCUUUCUGGGGGCGGGAGGGGUCAUAUGGAUAGGUCACCGUGCUGUGAAGGAGCGUCUUCUGCUUUGAAUCAUCUGGACCACUAACUGGAGCCACAUGAAGAAUAAAGGGACGAAGCAGAAGCUGAAGAAGAAAGGAAGUGACAAUGCGUUCGGCUGUGACUUGAUAGAACACCUCCAGAGCUCCGGACAGGACGUCCCUCAGGUCCUGAAGAAGUGUGCAGAGUUCAUCGAGAAGCAUGGCAUCGUGGACGGGAUCUACAGACUGUCCGGGGUCACGUCCAACAUCCAGCGUCUCAGGCAGGAAUUCUGCUCCGAGGCGUGCCCUGACCUCACUAAGGAAGUGUACCUCCAGGACAUCCACUGUGUGGGCUCCUUGUGUAAGCUCUACUUCAGGGAGCUUCCUAACCCUCUGCUCACGUUCGAGCUCUACAGCAAAUUCACGGAACUGGUCUCCGUCCAGGGCGACCACGAGAGACUGGUCUACAUCCAGAGGGUCAUCAGAGAGCUGCCCUCCCCUCACUUCAGGACUCUGGAGUACCUGACCAAACACCUGGCCCACCUGGGCACAUUGAGCGCCCAGACCAACAUGCACACGCGUAACCUGGCUCUGGUGUGGGCGCCAAAUCUGUUGAGGUCCAAAAACAUCGAAUCUGCCGCCACGAACGGGGACAUGGCGUUCCAGGAGGUCCGGAUCCAACAGUCGGUGAUCGAGUUCAUACUGAACCACAGCGACCAGAUCUUCAGCUGUGGCUCGGUCCAACUCAAACCCAGAGAAGGGCCGGGUCUGAAAUGCGGAGAGAAGUACGCCACGCUGCCCAUCAGCGCCCAGUGCAGCCCCAUGAAGCUGAUGAGCCUGGAGGAAGCCCAGGCCCGCUCCCUGAGUCCCAACCACCCCGUGCACAAGGAACGCCAGCGGGAGAACAGUCUUCCCAACACCAGCACCGCCACGCUGUACCACACCGUCAUAGACAUCACGGACAGCAAGAAGAAGUUCUCUGGGAAGUCGAAGAGGUGGAAAUCCAUCUUCAACCUGGGACGAUCGGUGGAGUCAAAGGGCAAACUCAGCCGCAACGGAAGUGUGUUCAUAAGAGCGCAGGGAAUAACGGGAAAAGCAGCUCUGCGUCCGUCCAGGAGUAUGGAGUCUUUGUGCUCUCUACCAACAGAUGAAGACAGAGCUGGAACCAACAGUGCAGCUGGAGGACAAGGCGGGAUUUUUCUUCCAGAUGUCAAAUCCAGAACCCUGGGAUCAGAUUAUGACCUGGACGAACAAGACCAGAACUGGGACUUUAAAGGGAAGAAAUCCUCCUCAGGUGGACAAAGCUCUGGUCCCGACCCAAAGUGCUCGCCUGGAGCCUCUGCGUCUCCUCAGAAGACGCUGCCGGAGCAGCUGAAGGUGUUCAAAGGCGACGACCUGAGUGGUUACAAACCCACGUCUCCAAAGAACCGAAGGAUGCUGUACUCAGGCUCCGCCCACAGCAGCUCGUCCCGCCCCUCCUUCCCGGGCAGCUUCUUCCCGCUGGAGUCCUCGCCGCGGCACCAGCGACGAGCCGUGAACAUCUCGGAGCCCUUCGCCGUCUCCGUGCCUCUGAGGGUGUCGGCGGUGAUCAGCUCCAACAGCACCCCCUGCAGGAGCCACGCCAAAGAGAAAGCGGCGACGCUGAAGCCGUGCAGAGAGACCACGUCAGAGCAGAACGUCGGUGACGGAAAGACAAACAGUUUGUCUGAAGUGGAACCGAAGAAGACGGAGGGAGCGGAGAGGAAGAGCACGGAGGAGAGCGGCUCUGCAGCGCCAUCAGAAGGUUCAAGCAGAGAAGCAGGGGAAGAAGUUGAAGUGAGGUUAGGUUCUCCAGGAGAGGAGGCCUCACCUGGAAAUGCCAAAGAAACCGAAGAAGGGGCGCCAUCUGCUGCGGAGGAAGUAUCAACAAUUGGACAACUGGAGAAGCAGCGUUCUACUGAGCAGGAGUCGUGUUCUGACCUCCACCAGGAGCUGAAGAUCACCGAGCCUGACAUCCAGCUGCUCCACGACACCUUCAGACCUCUGUUUGGCUCCAGGAGUGAGUUCGAAGUCACAAAGUUGACCAUGGACGUGAAGUCGAAGCGGAGCCGCAGCUCCCCCUCUCUGACGCUCCUGUGUCGGGAGCAAUCUUCAAACACCUCCACGAGGGAUGGCUUGUUCACCACUGGAGUCAAAUCUGCCUCCAAACAGCCGUCGGAGUCCGACAUCUUGUUUUCCCUCCACAAAAACUUUGGCAAAAACUCGGAACAUUCUGGUCCGGCUGAUGCGACGGGAGAGAAGGAGGAGCGGCGAGAACCCGUGACCUCGGACAGAGACGAACCGGGUUUGUUCCAAACGAGUCCACGAUGUUCUCAGAGGACGGGUUCAGAUCCGGUCGCCUCAGGACCAGAGUCGGGCGAUCAGAACCAGGACCAAAGACUCUUCUGCGAUGGAGCCAAGAAAGCUGCUGCUCCUGAGUCGGAGUCGGUCCAGAGGCUGUCGGUGUGUCUGGAGGAGAGACGUGACGCUCUGGAGCUGCUGCACCUCGACGACGAUGACGGAGGUGGAGGGAACUCCGAGGAGCUGGACCUGGUGGAGCCCUGGGAGGAUCUGAGCUCCACCAAGCAGUGGGUGACCAGUCCUCUCCAUUCCCCGGACGUGGAGGAGUUGUUCAGGCAGCUGUCCCCGUUCAGCUGCGGCUCCGAGGACACGACGACCUCGCCUCCUCCGACAGGAAACGACAAACACCCAGCAGACGUCCCUCAGACGUCCAGCUCCAAACCGGAUACUAAAUGGAGAUAUUUGUCCUCGGCGCCGUCUCGGGUCCACGCUAACGCAACGCAGCCUCACACAGGGAAAUGCAGCGGAACCAAACAGAAGAACCCGGCGCCGUCUCAUCGGUUCCACAGACAGACGUCUCACGAAGGUUCUGCUCCGGAGAAAAGGGAGGAGAACAGUUUUCCCAAACACCGGCCGUGUUCCCUGAACCUGGACCUGGGCUACAGGUGCAUCAGAGACAUUUCCAACCAGCAGAACCGCCACCUGUCGGAGUUCUCCCUGAGCCACCGAGGACUGACCACGUCCUCCGGCUCCGUCAACAACGCUCCGCCCUCGGACCUGGAGAUGUUCUUGAACGAUCGGCAGGCGCCUCUGCGUCGGAACUCCGCCCCGGUCAGCGUCUCCUCGGUGCGGACGCCGCUCAUGAUCAAAACGUGUCAGGCCAAGGCCGUGCCCGUCGUCGCCCCCAAGGUGCAGUACAGUCUGAUCCCCCCCUCCAGACAGGAGAAGGAGGGCGACGUGUCCAGGGAACCGGAGAAGGAAUAUUCCAAGGUGAUUGCGGAGAAAAGCCCGUCGGCGCCCCCUCAGCUGAUGUCGGACUUGAGGGAGGAGCUGGAGAACAAGGAGCCCAGAGCACAGAAACACACGCAGGUGGAGAAGACGGGUGAGGCCGGGGUGAAGGCCACGUCUCCCCCAGAGCUGCCGGUCAUCAUCAGGAGACACGCCCCCAGUCUGGAGGUGUUCGUGGACUGUCCCAGAGCCAGCAGGGGGAGCCUUCUGCAGCGGCCGUCCUUCAGGAACAGGCAGAGGCCUCAGAGUCUCAUCCUGCUCAGCCCCCCCUUCCCCAUCAUGGACUACCCGUCAUCGGGGGACGACGGGAAGCUCCUGUCCUCCAUCAGGGACGCGCCGGCGGUGAACGUGUUGUCCGCGGAGAGUCUGAAGGCGGCGGACGGGAUUCCUCUCCAGAACAAGAUGACCAUCCCCAAAAGUGGACAGAGGCUGGAGACGUCCACCAGCUGCUUCUACCAGCCGCAGCGGCGCUCCAUGAUAUUUGACAGCAGGAGCCACAGGCAGAUCGAGUGACGGUGACGAGGAGACGGGUUCUCCCUCCCGACGCUGUCGGACGACCUGUGGUCAAAUCACAGGCUCCGAGUCGUUUUGAAGGAAUCGUGAAGGAUUCAGUGAACGUUGACGGAUCUUUGGUUUUUUUUUUGGUUUUUUUUUGUUAUUAUUCUGCUGCUUGUUGGUGCAAUUAGUAGAUAUAAGUGAACAUGAAGGAAAUAAAGAUACAUAUGGAUCAGUGGGUUAGGGAGGGUGCACCUUAGUCAGAAGGUCGGGGGUUCAAAGUCAUGAUGAGACACUACUGAAGUGGAAAGAACUGGAUUUGGGUUUGAAUAUUUUUACAAAAGUUUUACAAAAAUUCUGAGACAAUUUCUAGUCCAAAUUUUUAAUUUUUUUUUAAAUUGAACAUUUUCAUAUCAAGUCUUAUUUUCAACCCUAUUAUUUUCUCCAGUUUUAUAAACAGACUUUUUGUUUUUUAUAUUAAAAUAAUUCAUUCAUCUCUGCUCAGUGCGUGACCACAGCUGCAGUUUCACUGUCGCUUCUCAUCCAAUGCAUUUUAAAUGGCUGGUUGCCAUGGGAACGACAGUGUUUUGUUUUUUUUUUCUUCUCACCUGUGGUUGGUCAAAUUGUAGCGGCACAUGGAACGCAAUUCGAUUUCCUCCAAUUGUCAGUGAAGUGCUCUCUGAAGAUCCUGUUGGUUGGAGGUCAGAGGUCAGAUUGAGGCGUCACUGUCACUGUUAUAACUAGAGCUGUCAAAUAAUCUGGUAAUCUGGACUAAUCACGAUCGAAGUCUCCCGUGAUUGAUCAUGACUGGUGUGGAGAUUAUUCAGCAUUUUUUUUAAAAAUGUGACAUAUAUUUAAAUAUUUCCUCUGUAUUUUGCUGCAACAGAAAGACCAUUAACAGCAGGUAGGGGUCAGUGUUUCUCACCUGUUUCUACGUGUGACUAAUCCAAAUGUCCUCAACAAUCCGUCUGAGUCACGCUGUUCUGACACAACCCGGGCCCGCUGACCUGAGGUUGAGCCUCAACAAACACAUACUGGGAGUUGAUGAUGGGAUUUUUUUUUUUUUUACCACAGUGUGUGUAAAUAACAUCGUGUGUUUCGACUGCGUUGACGAGCUCCUGUCGUUCUGUGUCCGUUAACGUUGUUACUCUGAUGAAUUAAUUACAAAUUAAUUCACAGGAUUUUUCACAGCUUUAAUAUAUUACUCUGUAAAUACUAUUGUUUUGUGUGUAAAUGACAUGGUGUGUGUGUGUGUGUGUGUCGACUGCAGGUUAGUAAUUUACCGUUGAUCUCGUUAGACGUGGUUCGUUUUGACAGUUCUAGUUAUAAUCUGAUGAGGUGGUGAGUUAGGGUCAGGUCAAGAGGUCAGCAGGUCGACAGGUCAACAGGUCAGAUCUAUCACCAAAGUCUGGUUGAUUUGGUAAACUUGAAGCUGGUGAUGUCUUUUACUGUAUGUUACUGUAAAAGUAACAUGUUUAAAUAUAUAUAAAUAUAUAAAAAAAACUCUCUACUCUGACUGAACUGGAUCAGCUGUUAUUUACACACAGAAGGAUUUUAUUUUUCUGAUUAUUUUUUGGUUGUUUUUUUAUGGCAGUAUUUAAAAAAAAAAAAGAAGAAUUUACUGAUUU